AUGGGAAGAGCUUCAAGGGAUAAGAGGGAUGUUGGCGUAAUUGGUUUUCGGGAUAUCUAUUAUCAGAAAGCAAAAUAGGAAGGUUGGCGUGCUCGAAGUUCCUUUAAACUCCUUCAGAUAGAUGAGGAAUUCAACAUUUUUGAAGGAGUGAAGCGUGCUGUAGAUUUGUGUGUUGCCCCGGGUAGCUGGAGUCAGGUACUUGUUUCUCACUUGCAGUAG